AUGUACCAGGGGGGUUUGGCAGGGCUCUCCGGCCUGUGCCGGGUCACCGAGCACCUCUACCUGAGUAAUGGCAGAGCGGCGAACGACUCGUCCCUGUUGGCAGGGAACGGGAUAACCUGCGUCAUCAGUGUUACGGAGACCAAGAGCCGCUCCCCUUCUCCGGGUGUGGAGUACGUCCACAUCCCGGUGGCUGACUCUCCUUUGACGGCCCUGAGAGACCACUUCGACGCGGUGGCAGAUAAAAUAAAGGCCACAGCCGAGGGCUGCGGCCGUACGCUGGUGCACUGCAACGCCGGCGUGAGCCGCUCCGCCGCCCUGUGCAUGGCCUACCUGAUGAAGCACCGCGGGGCCUCGCUCCUGGAGGCCCACGGCUGGGUGAAGGCCUGCCGGCCCGUGGUGAGGCCCAAUGCCGGCUUCUGGAAGCAGCUCAUCCGGUAUGAGACGGAGCUCCGUGGGAGCAGCACCGUACGAAUGGUGUCGUCUUCCUUAGGAGACAUACCAGACGUGUACGAAGAGGAAACCAGGGGCAUGGUGCCUCUCUGA